AUUUUUCUAAAUAAUUCGUUAAGAAAGCUUUCAAUCACACCGAUUCAAGGAAUCUAACUGAGCUACUAAGAAUAAAAAUAUCGCGGAAGAUGCUGCCGAACAAUUUCUUGGCACUCUAUUAUUUGGAUCAUUUCACGCGAUUCUGAUCGGGCCCGGGAACGAUCUGCCAAGUCGCGCAGUAAAAAAUCCACCUCGUGUCUCUCGGACGAAAGGGACACUAGGUACCGGCAAUGCAUUCGGUGCAUUGGCAGUCGCUCUUGAAUCUUUAAAGAGAGUCGGUCGUGAGCAGCGCGAAUCGCAUUCUGGACCGCCGCGGCUAAGUUUAGGCGGCCGCGUCGAGUAAGUGCGCGUGCACGACGGAAAACGGUGGCGCCCGAUAGACGCCCGUGUAAGAACGGGCAACGUGCCGCUGGGCACAAAAUUCAUGCUGACUAUUUAUCUGCCUGACGUGCCCGAAGAUAGCAAAUCGUUCGGACUUCAGCCUGGCCAAGACCGUGCACGCCAGUCGCGUAACCAAGGAUAUUCUACCGCGGACGGGAGAGAACCUGAAGAGAAUACCGAUGCCGUUAAUGCUCGCCAGCGCUCGCGCCCGCAGCGAGACCAAGCAGAUUCAGCAGGAGACGAUGAACGAUAUUAAGAUGCAAGCAUUGAGGGACGUUCAGGUGAUGACCGAAGGACGGGAUGUACUGGAACAUGGUAAAAGUCUGCGAGGAAAGUCUGCAAGAGCGAUAGAAUUCCAGCUGAUGACAGAGACCCUGAAGAACUUGUCCAAGAGCCAGGAGUUGGCCGACAUCCGAAAGUUCCAAAAGGAGACUGUGCACACUUUCUCGGACGACAAAGCACACGCCAGACUGAUAGACAAAAGGACCAAGGUUCUGUUCGACGAGGAUAAACUGACGCAACCGCUUGAUAGGCUUAGCAAAGAGCUGCGCGGAUUUGAGCAGAAAUCCAGCAAUUAUUUUCUAGAUAAGAGGUACCGAGAUCGGACAAGGCAAGAGCUUUUAAAUAAAUGUCGAGGAUGCGAGUAUUAUGUUAAGCGUGCUAGAUAGGUAAGAGUUGUGUCUUGAUCAAGUUCUCUGCAAGAACUAGCAAGCAAAUAGCACAGAAAAUUAAAAUAUCUUAAUUUUUAGACAGACAGAAAAUUUUUAGGAAUGCGUGAAAAAUUAACGAUUAAAAUAAACGAUUUCGAUGAGCAUUUCAUUUUAUGUCUAGCAAAAUUUUACCACUUUCAUACUCCUUAUAUUUUAAUAUUUCCUUGUUCCAUACAAUUAUACAUAUUUUUAAUAUUAUUAUUAAUUUUCAAAAACAGAAAAAUAUUCCAAAUAAAAGUUAUUUUAUUUUUAAUUCUGAUUCUCUUAAGUGAUCGUGCAAAAAUGAAGCAGCAAAAAAUUAAAUCCCAGGUUGGAUAAGGUAAAUUAAUGAAAACUAAAAAAUAAUAAAAAAAAUAAGAGAAAAUAUUAAAAACUCCGAAAUUGUUUAAAUAAUUAAGAAUAAGAAGUAUAUUAACUAUUAACUAUUAUAUUAACUAUUAUAUUAACUAUUAUAUAUAUAUAUAUAUAUAUAUAUAUAUAUAUAUUAACUAAAAAAUUUCUAUAAAAAAUUAAAAACUUUUAUCCAGAUUGUUCAAAUAUUUGUCAAUUAAAAUGUGAAGGAUAACAAAAUUAUUUGAGAUGUUUACAUCAAAUGAAAUUAAUUAGCAAACAGACCAGCAUUGAGAUCGAGCAGCUGAACGCCCGUGUGGUGGAGGCCGAGACGAAAUUGAAGACCGAGGUUCAACGCG